ACUGCAAACGUGCAAACCGAAAGGAUGGAAUCUUUUAUGGUCAGCAAAGAUAUACCGGAUAUCGAGAAUUUACUGGCACUGAAUCCAAAAGUGACCAAAUAUGCCAACCUGGUAUCAAGUACAGAAACCAAAAACAACAAGAAGCACUGGAAACGAAACAGUACAAAAGGCUGCUCGGACUGUCCCCCUAGAAUUAACAAUUUUGAUGACAUCAAACACACAACACUGAGUGAGCGAGGGGCACUUAGGGAGGCAGCCAGGUGUUUAAAAUGUGCAGAUGCACCAUGUCAGAAAAGCUGCCCAACUCAGCUAGACAUCAAAUCUUUUAUUACCAGUAUUGCAAACAAGAAUUAUUAUGGUGCAGCCAAAGCAAUCUUUUCAGACAACCCCCUUGGUCUGACAUGUGGAAUGGUCUGCCCAACCUCUGACCUUUGUGUGGGAGGAUGUAAUUUGUAUGCUGCAGAGGAAGGUCCCAUUAACAUUGGGGGUUUACAGCAGUUUGCUACCGAGAUUUUUAAAGCCAUGAAGAUUCCUCAGAUAAGGGACCCGUCUAUGCCCCCUGUGGAGGACCUCCCUGAUAGUUACAAGGCUAAGGUUGCCCUGCUUGGUUGUGGACCGGCCAGUAUUAGCUGUGCCACCUUUUUAGCCAGACUUGGCUACACCAAUCUUACCAUAUAUGAGAAAUAUGACUACAUUGGAGGAUUGAGCUCGUCAGAGAUCCCCCAGUAUCGACUACCAUACAGUGUUGUUGACUUUGAGGUUCAACUUGCUAAAGAUCUUGGAGUCAAAAUAGAGAAAGGGAGAUCACUCAGUACAUCUGACAUAACUGUCCAGAAACUGAAGAGUGAGGGAUAUGAGGCUGUAUUCCUAGGAAUAGGUAUGCCUGAUCCCAAGAAGAUUCCCAUAUUUGCUGACUUGAAAGAAUCAAUGGGAUUCUUUACAUCCAAAGAUUUCCUGCCAAAAGUUUCUGCUGCCAGCAAAGCAGGAAUGUGCAGUUGUAAGUCCACACUGCCCCAGCUGUCAGGGAAGGUGAUAGUACUGGGGGCGGGAGACACUGCCUUUGAUUGUGCUACCUCAGCCCUGAGAUGUGGGGCCAAGAGAGUCUACGUUGUGUUCAGGAAGGGAUUCACCAACAUUAGAGCUGUGCCAGAGGAGAUGGAAUUGGCAAAAGAGGAGAAAUGUGAAUUCUUGCCAUUCCUGGCCCCCAGAAAAGUGAUGACAAAGAAUGGUGUGAUUACGGGGAUGGAGUUUGUCAGAACAGAGCAGGAUGAUGAAGGGAACUGGGUGGAAGAUGAGGAAGAGAUCAUCCGCAUCAGGGCUAAUUACAUCAUCUCAGCAUUUGGCUCAGGAUUGACUGAAACAGAUGUUAUUGAUGCCAUGAGUCCAGUCAAGAUGAACAGAUGGGGAUUACCUGAGGUGGAUUCCAAGACAAUGCAGACCAGUGAACCCUGGGUAUUUUGUGGAGGGGAUCUAGCAGGGGUGGCCCAGACAACAGUAGAGUCUGUCAAUGAUGGAAAACAGGCCUCUUGGCACAUUCACAAAUAUCUACAGGCAUUACAUGGAAUUCCAAUUCUGUCCACUCCAUCGCUGCCCAAGUUCUUCACCCCCAUUGAUAAGGUGGAUGUGAGUGUAGAAAUGUGUGGGCUGAAGUUCCCCAAUCCUUUUGGUCUGGCCAGUGCCACCCCCACUACCAGCAGUACUAUGAUCAGGCGGGCAUUUGAGGCUGGAUGGGGAUUCGCACUGACCAAGACAUUUUCUCUGGACAAGGACAUUGUGACAAAUGUUUCCCCAAGAAUUGUGAGGGGGACAACCUCAGGUCAUAUCUAUGGUCCAGGACAGGGCGCCUACCUCAACAUAGAACUGAUCAGUGAGAAGACAGCAGCCUACUGGUGUCAGAGCAUCACGGAACUCAAAAAGGACUUCCCACAACAUAUUGUGAUUGGCAGUAUCAUGUGUAGCUAUAACAAAGAGGACUGGACUGAGCUAGCCAAGAUGGCAGAGAAAGCUGGAUCGGAUGCAUUGGAGUUGAAUCUGUCUUGCCCCCAUGGUAUGGGGGAAAGAGGAAUGGGACUGGCUUGUGGACAGGAUCCUGAGUUGGUUAGAAACAUCUGUCGCUGGGUAAGAGAGGCGGUCAAAAUACCAUUCUUUGCCAAACUGACCCCAAAUGUAACCAGUGUUGUCUCCAUAGCCAAAGCAGCUAAAGAAGGUGAUGCUGAUGGAGUGACUGCUACAAACACAGUGUCAGGUCUGAUGGGCCUCAAAAGUAAUGGUUUUGCUUGGCCCAAUGUUGGUAAGGACCAUCGCACAACCUAUGGGGGCGUGUCUGGUAAUGCCAUCAGGCCUAUUGCUCUCAGGGCUGUAACAGCCAUUGCCAGGGAACUCCCAGGGUUCCCUAUUCUGGCCACUGGAGGAAUCGAUUCAGCAGAUGCAGGGUUACAGUUCUUGCAAGGAGGAGCCACUGUUCUACAGGUGUGCAGCGCUAUUCACAACCAGGAAUACACCAUUAUUGAGGAUUACAUCAUAGGAUUAAAAACCCUCCUGUACCUCAGGAGUAUUGAGGAACUACACAACUGGGAUGGACAGAGCCCCCCUACUGAACCCCAUCAACUUGGAAAACCUGUAUUGAAGGUCAAAGAUAUUAUUGGAGAGAACCUCCCAUCAUUUGGACCAUAUUUGGCUAAGAGAGAGGCACUGAAAAAUGAGAUUUGCCAGAAGAAAGAUCUACUGAGUGAAGAGAAUAUGCCAGAAUCCCAGAGACCUCCUAAUGCUCCAAAGAAACCUAUACCCAGUGUCAAGGAUGUUAUUGGCCUGGCUUUGUCCAGGAUUGGAACUUAUGGAGACCUGAACAACAAGGAGCAAGUGGUGGCCUUGAUUGAUGAGGAGAUGUGCAUUAACUGUGGAAAAUGUUAUAUGACUUGUAAUGACUCUGGAUACCAAGCCAUCAAGUUUGAUCCUCAGACCCAUCUUCCUACAGUCACAGAUGACUGCACAGGCUGCACUCUGUGUCUUUCUGUGUGUCCAAUUAUUGACUGCAUCACCAUGGUACCCAGGACAACACCUUACAUACCAAAGCGAGGCAUACCACUGAACACAGGGAAAAACCUAAUGCCAGGAGUCACCUUGGAGACCAAUUGAAAAAACCAAUUCAAAGGAAUUUCUGGAAAAAAAAAUGUGGCUUACUUUCAUAAACUAACUCAUAGAAUGCUAGAUUACAGUAGAUAAAGAACAAUAUGUAUCACUUUCAAGGACAUUUCAAAUUUAGGAUUAUGGAUAAGGGUGUAAUUAGUAGAUGAAUCUAGAAUGUCAAAGAUUUGUAUCAAACCCCCACCCCCCACCCCAUUCCCUAAAAAAAAGAUAAGAGACAGUUCAAUAUAUAUACAUUUGUAUGUUAAGAGACAAAAUCUUGUUCUUGAUGUUUCCCCUGAAUGCUGUGUAUUUUAUCUUGCAAAGAUGGAAAUAAUGAGUCAGAUUUAUUCAUUAUUGUUCUGCAUAAGCUAUAAAUACUAAAAAAGCUUUGCAAAACUGUCAUUUUAUCAAUUAAACUUAAAAGGUAAAGAAAACAAUAAAUUAUAACCAAGAAAACUGAUCUUGCAUGUUGAGUGUAAUGCACUUUUCAGUAAUACAUGUACCUCAAUAUAUUAAAUCCAGUUUAAUGUAUUUUUCUAUCGGAAUGUACAGGUGUAACAGGUGCUAUAUAUUUUUCAUAUCACCAUUUUGUAAUUCUAUCUCUUUGUCUGUAUUAAAUAUAAGAAUGUCUGUGCAGUAUUGUACAAUAGAAUUGCAGGCUUAUCAAUUCUGAAGACUUCUUACAACAUUUAAUCCAAAAACUUUCUUAUAUAUAUAAAAUGGCAACAUUCUGUUUUGUCAUAUUUACUCAAGAUUUGUGUUUUAGAUCCAUUUUGUAUAAAAUUUAUAUUGUUUAGUUGUAUUGUUUUUGCAUAGAGGGAAAUUUGUAUUAUUGUAUUUGUUUGUUAUAGUAGAUGCAUAUGUAAGAACAUUUGAUCUAGUUAAUUCAUGUCCAUUGAAUAGGAUAAAUGUGUUACUCAGGCCAGGACAAAUGUACAUAAUGCAUGUUCUGAUUGUUAACCAAAUCUAGUCUUUGAAUAAAAUGAAAACUUGCAUGUUA